AUGUCGCAAUCAAUCGCACCACGUAUAGCCCUCCGCGUAAGCUCAAGAAGCUCGUUGACUGCUUCUUCGAGGGCAAUUGAGCUGCCAUGCCGUAAUCUUUGUGCCUUCCAUGCCUCGACAACACUAUAUAGCACCAAGCUGAGAAGUUUCUCCAAGUAUCCUCCGCUGUGGAAGAAGGCAGGGAAAGCCAAUAAGUCGCAUGCGAAGAGCGAUUCCAGCCCACCCGUCAACCAGACUGGCGGACCCACACCCACAGACGAGGUCUACGACAUGUCUGAGCUAGAAGCCUCGAUCUUGAAGGCGAUCGAGAAGCUCACACACGACCUUUCACAGCUGCGAAGCGGUGGAAGGCUGAAUCCAGACAUUGUGGAGAGCCUGAAGGUGCAGCUCGGCACAGCAGCACAAGGCAAGGAAACUGUACGGCUUGGUGACAUUGCACAAGUGGUUCCAAGAGGGCGAGUGUUGAAUGUCAUCUGUGGCGACGAUGCACACAUCAAACCCAUAACCAGUGCGAUCGCUGCCUCUCCGCACUCCCUCACACCGCUUGCACCCGAGCAGAACAACCCUCUUACCAUCCAGGUACCUCUGCCGCCACCGACCGGUGACACACGGCGAGAUGCGAUUGAAUCUGCGAAGAAGGCUUCUGAGAAGGCCGAUGCCAUGGUCCAGCGCGCACGACAGGACCACAAUAAGCUGGUCAGAAAGUACGAGCUCAACAAAGAGGUGCGACCAGAUGACGUUCAGAAGGCGAAGAAGCGCAUGGAAGAGGUGGUUAAGAAGGGCCACGACGAGGUCAAGCGCAUCGCUGAUGGUGCAAAGAGGGUGCUCGAGAGCCAGUAG